GGUGGUGAAAGAAGAGAUCUCGGAUGACAAUGCCAAGCUUCCCUGCUUCAAUGGCCGGGUGGUGUCGUGGCUGGUGUCUGCAGAGGGUUCCCAUUCAGACGCUGGCUCAGUCUGUGCUGAUAACCAGACAGAGCUGCCACCCUCCAUGGAGCGCACAGGAGGAAUUGGAGACUCCAGGCCUCCCUCUUUCCACCCUAACACUGGGGGGAGUCGGGAAAACUUGGACAAUGAGACAGAGACAGACUCAGUUGUGUCGUCGCAAAGGGAGCGACCUCGCCGGACAGAUGGGCCGGAGCAUGCACCCAGGGUGAAUGGGACAGUGAAGGGAGAGCGGCGCCGAGACCUAGGCGGGUACGAGAGCUCCUCCACACUCAUGAGCAGUGAGCUGGAGACCACCAGCUUCUUCGAUUCAGAUGAAGAUGACUCCACCAGCAGGUUUAGCAGUUCAACAGAGCAAAGCAGUGCUUCCCGUCUGAUGAGGAGGCACAAGCGACGCCGGCGGAAACAGAAGGCUCCACGCAUUGAGCGGUCAUCGUCCUUCAGCAGCAUCACAGACUCCACCAUGUCCCUGAACAUCAUCACUGUCACACUGAAUAUGGAGAAAUACAAUUUUCUGGGCAUUUCUAUUGUGGGACAGAGCAAUGAGCGUGGGGAUGGAGGCAUUUACAUUGGCUCUAUCAUGAAGGGCGGUGCUGUGGCAGCUGAUGGCAGGAUUGAGCCAGGAGACAUGCUCUUGCAGGUAAAUGACAUCAACUUUGAGAACAUGAGCAAUGAUGAUGCUGUGCGGGUGCUGAGGGAGAUUGUGCACAAGCCGGGGCCCAUCACCCUGACGGUGGCCAAGUGCUGGGACCCAAGCCCCCGGGGCUGCUUCUCGUUACCCAGGAGUGAGCCCAUCCGGCCCAUCGACCCGGCAGCCUGGGUGUCUCACACAGCAGCGAUGACUGGCACCUACCCAGCGUACGGUAUGAGUCCAUCCAUGAGCACAAUCACUUCCACCAGCUCCUCCAUCACCAGCUCCAUCCCAGAGACCGAACGCCUCGAUGACUUUCACCUGUCCAUCCACAGUGACAUGGCCACCAUUGUCAAAGCCAUGGCCUCACCAGAGUCAGGCCUUGAGGUCCGUGACCGCAUGUGGCUGAAGAUCACCAUCCCCAAUGCCUUCAUUGGUUCAGAUGUGGUGGAUUGGCUCUAUCACCAUGUGGAGGGCUUCACAGACCGCCGUGAAUCCCGCAAAUAUGCCAGCAAUCUGCUGAAGGCUGGCUACAUCCGACACACCGUGAACAAGAUCACCUUCUCGGAGCAGUGCUAUUACAUCUUCGGGGACCUCUGUGGAAACAUGGCUAAUCUGUCUCUUCAUGAUCACGAUGGCUCCAGCGGUGCCUCCGAUCAGGACACUUUGGCUCCGCUCCCCCACCCAGGAGCUGCACCCUGGCCUAUGGCUUUCCCGUAUCAGUAUCCACCACCCCAUCCAUACAACCCCCAUCCCGGCUUCCCUGACCCAGGCUACAGCUAUGGAGGGGGCAGUGCAGGCAGCCAGCACAGUGAAGGGAGCCGGAGCAGCGGUUCCAACCGCAGCGGCAGCGAGAGGAGGAAGGAGAGAGAGAAGACCGGGGAGUCAAAGUCA